GGGCCCGGCCUGGACACCGGCACCACCGGACUGCAGUCGGAGUUUUUCAUUAACACGACCAAGGCUGGUCCAGGUACCCUCUCUGUUACUAUUGAAGGGCCAUCAAAGGUGAAAAUGGACUGCCAGGAAACUCCAGAAGGUUACAAAGUCAUGUACACACCCAUGGCUCCAGGAAACUAUUUAAUUGGAAUUAAAUAUGGUGGACCUAACCACAUAGUGGGCAGCCCCUUCAAGGCAAAGGUUACAGGACAGCGACUGGUUAGCCCAAGCAGUGCCAACGAAACUUCUUCCAUCCUGGUAGAAUCAGUGACAAGGUCAUCAACUGAAACUUGCUAUAGUGCCAUUCCCAAGUCCACCUCGGAUGCUAGCAAAGUGGUUUCCCGGGGAGCAGGACUCUCAAAGGCUUUUGUGGGUCAGAAAAGUGCCUUCUCCGUGGACUGCAGCAAAGCAGGUUCAAAUAUGUUGUUAGUUGGCGUCCAUGGACCCACAAUACCAUGCGAAGAGGUAUCCAUCAAGCAUCUGGGCAGCCAUCAGUACAAUGUGACAUAUAUGGUCAAGGAAAGGGGUGACUACGUUCUGGCAGUGAAAUGGGGUGACGAGCACAUCCCCGGGAGCCCCUUCCACAUCACCGUGCCUUAAACUCGCCGCACGUCAGAGCCGACUUUUGGGUUUGCAGUUCAGACAUAGAGUUAAACUGGGUGUAGUCCUCUUGCAAAAUGCAGUCUCUAGAUA